ACCGCAUUCCAUCAUAACGCUAUUGACUCUCCAGCAUUGGCAUACUUUCUCUAGAGCUAUUGAAGUGAAGAUGGCUAGCGUUGUCUUGGGUCCUAUUGUUGACGCCACCAUAUCCAAGGUGAUUGCUGCUGCGACGGAGCAAAUCAACCUUGCGGUCAGUUGGAAGGUAGAGCUCAAACGGCUUUGCAGCAAGUUGGACAUGAUCCGUGCUGUGUUGCAAGAUGCAGAAAGUAGGCAAGUUGGAGAUGUGGCUGUGAAGCUUUGGCUUGGGAAGCUCAGAGACGUGGUUCGUGAGGCCGAGGAUGUUUUGGACGAGGUUGUUUGUGAAAGACGGGAACAGGAGGUACGGAUUCAGAAGCAAAUGGAGAAGAAGGUGUGUCUUUUCUUUACUUUCUCCAAUCGUUUCAUAUUUCGUCUCAAGAUGGCUAAUAAGAUCAAGAAUCUUAUUGCAUCUAUAGUUGAGAUUAAUGAGGAGGCUACUGAAUUUGGACUUCAGUCUAGACUUGCUAGCCAUGAACCUAGAAGCAACCCUCAAACAACAUAUUCCUGUCCUAGUUGUUGUCCUAGAGUCAUAGGAAGAGAGGAUGAUGUGUCAACAAUAGUUGACUUGUUGGUUGACUCAAGUAAUAAGGAGCCCCUUUCUGUCAUAUCUGUUGUGGGUAAAGGAGGUCUAGGAAAAACAACCUUGAGAGCAUUUGGAGGUUCUUCAGUGUGUGAUCUUGAAUUGGAAGCGAUUGGGAAGCAAAUAGCUAAAAAAUGUAGAGGUGUGCCCUUAGUUGCAAAUGUCAUUGGCGCUAGUUUGAGCUAUCGAAGGGAUAGAGGUGAAUGGGUGUCAGUUGACAAUAAUUUUGAUGCAUGGGGUACUAGUUCAUCAGGAGAUGAUAGUGGGGAAUGGAUUAAUCAAGCUCUACAAUUGAGUUUUGAUCACUUGCCAAACCAUUUGAAGCAAUGUUUUGCUUUUUGUUCUAUUUUCCCAAAGGAUUUUGAAAUUGAAAAGGCGAUGUUGAUUCAACUUUGGAUGGCUGAAGGAUUUCUUCAGCCAUCAAAAAGAAGUUCUAUGGAGGAUAUUGGUGACAAGUAUUUCAAUGACUUGUUAUCAUAUUCCUUGUUUCUAGAUGAAGAAAGAGAUUCAACUAGCAAGAUUAAGUCAUGCAAAAUGCAUGGUUUAAUUCAUAAUCUUGCCACUUCCAUUUCAAAAUCUGAAACACUUACUUUAAAAGCCGGUUCAGAGGGCAAUAUUGCUCAGGUCUUGCAUUUGAAUCUCGUUGAUGCUGAGGAAAUGGUGCCAGCAAAUUUUGUGGAGGUGGCUGGAAAGCUACAUAGCUUAUUUCUUAAAGGUGAUGUUUUGUGCAAGAUGCCAGAUAGCUUCAAAAGGUUACGCAUUCUUAGCUGUGGGGGACAUAGCCUUUGGGGAGCUAAUACUAAUCAGUUGCCAACUUGGAUUGGCGAGAUGAAGCAUUUGAGGUAUCUAGACAUUUCAUACUUUCAAAUCAAAGAACUACCUCAAAUUAUUAUGGAGUUGUAUAGUUUGCAGACACUGAGGCUGAAGGAUCUUCAAACAUUGCAGUUAUUUGUUGUCGGUCCACAAGAGGGAAGUCAAAUUGAGGAAUUGGGAUGCUUGAGCCAACUUAGAGGUGAAUUAAGGAUAUGUAAUCUAGAGCACAUUGAAAACUCCUCAGAAGCUAGGAAAGCAAAACUGUCGGAAAAGAUUGGACUUCAUGAGUUGAGAUUGGAAUGGGCAGAUAGAAAUCCGGAAGAAUGUAGUUAUGAUGAAGAUGUGUUAGCAGGCCUCAAACCUCCCUCAUAUUUGAGAAACUUAACUAUGGAAUAUUAUGGAGGUGAACAAUGUCCGUCAUGGAUGAAGCCUAGUUUGAGUCAAUCAUUCUCGCUCAACAAUUUGGGAGGCUUGAAAAUCUCAAGUUGUAAAAAGUUGAAAAGCAUUCCAAGCAUGAGCGGGUUAUCAUCUCUUGAACAGCUUCAAAUUGGAGAUUGCCUUGAAUUAACCAGAAUUGGAGAUGAAGAAUUUGCUUUUCCGAUGUCCCUCAGACAACUACACAUUUGGUCUUGUCCGAGAUUGGGAACAAUUGGGGAAAGUAUGUCUACCCUCACAUGCCUAGAAGAGUUAGAUCUAUCUGAAUGUAAAGAUCUGAAGCUCGUUGAGAACUUCAUCCGUCUUGUCUGCUUGGAGAGAUUGGAAAUUGGUGGUUUCUCAAAAGAGUCGGAGGAGUUCCCAUGUCUCAAUUCCAUCCACCGCCUCCACGCCUUCCUUCAAGUAUUAGUGUUGUGUGGGUGGGAAAAACUAACUUAUCUACCACCUCAAAUUCAACGCCUCACUUCUCUAAGGGAAUUGGGAAUAGCCGUGCAACCCUUCUCCAAGUUGCAGCUUCUUCAAUUUAUUGACUACCCAGAGCUAAAAAAAGGAUGUGCGAAGGGAAGCAGCCUUGAAUGGUUCAAAAAUUUUCACAUUCCAGACAUCGAGAUAGAUUAUGUAUAUCGGCAUCCAACAAGAAGGAGAUUGAGCCCCUAUUCUGAGACUUAAAGCAACAACAAAAGUCAAAUUUAUCGAUUGGAAAGCCAUGCAAUGCCAAGAGGUGCUGAAUGAUUAGAAGUUUGAAGUUUCUCAGAUUCCAUUAUCCACGUAGAAUGAGUGCAUCCAAUUCCAAGAAUAUUGAGCUUCUCAGCGGAGACUGUGCGGUACAUGAGGGAUUCUUUUAGGUAUCCUCUUUUGUGUUUUCCCAAAAAGGUAAAAUUCAUGUUUCAUAAAUGAAAUUAACAAGUGACUGUGUAAUAAAAUUUUAUUUCAUUAAUUCAUUUUUUCUAAGACUAUUUGCAGGUUAUGUUGGUAUGGAGUUAUCAUGUACUUUGGAUUUGAGCAUUUGAAGAACCUUAGGUGGUAUUUGAUUUAUACCAUGGAGAAGUAGCAGGGAGAAGGGAGGAAAGCUUCUUGACAAUGCAAAAUGUUAUUCAAGUUAAUGUGAGAAUGAUCCAAUGUUCCAAACAUGGAUCCAUUGAUUUCUCAUAUUUAGAGAUUAUUCCAGAACUUGGCCUUAAAACUCAGUGUGACUCUGUAAAUUGAAGCAGAAGAUGGAAUAACAUCAUAUAUGACUUCAAGGGUCGAUUCUUUGGAACUCAUCAAUUUCUCAAAAAUUAGCCAUCAACUGCCUCUCCAUAAAUAUUGUGCACGCAUGGAACCAGAAGCAGUAAUAGAUUCACACCAUGAAGCAGUAGCAUGGGGAAGGAAAGGAAACCUCUUGACAAGCAAAAAGUAUUCAACUACAUUUGUAUAGAUUUCAGCUGUCAGUGGAUUGUUCCUUGCUUGAGUAUCACAGCUUCAUUUCCAAUUAUCGCAAACCACUUUCUUUCUAAAAGAGAGUUCAAGGAUGAGCAAACGUGUGCUGGAGGCUUGCAUGAUAUUUGUUUUGGAUGGUACCGUCUUCACUAGUAGGAGUCUCAACUCAUCUAAUACAACAAGGAAUGAUUAUGUUUCUCUCUGCACUUUGAUUACGCUCUAUAGACUUACAACAUGACGAUGGAAGCUAUAUUUCAAUCUCUUUGAAGAUUCCUAAGGUUUAUGAGAAUGCCAAUCACAUUCACUAAUGCUGUAUGUUUCAACAUUUUGGCUGUGACCCUGAUGGCAGUAGAAUUAUAUUGGCGUUGUGGGCGGCAAUAGGAGGACCAUUAGAACUUUAUUUUAUAUGUAACCUAUCCACUUACCCUUGUAGGUUGAGUUUUGAUAU